AUGAAUUUUGAUAAAUCUGGUUUAGCCUUUAGUCCUAAAGUGCCAAACAAUAUUAAAAGUGAAAUUGCUAACACUCUUCAUAUUCAGAGAUUGGCUUUGCAGGAUAAGUACCUUGGUGUACCUUUCCUGCUUCAAAAGAACAAGGUAGAAUCUUUUGCUCCCUUAAUGGAUAGAUUCAAUGACAGGUUAGCUCCUUGGAAAUCUAAGUUCAUUGCUGAACUAGGUAAGACCACCCUUACUCAAGUUGUUUUAGGAACCAUUGCCAGUCACCACAUGUCAGUCUUCCCUAUGCCUAAAACUGUGACAGAUAAGAUGGAUGCUGUCCAGAGAAAUUUCUUUUGGAACAAAAAAAGUGGUGAAAGAGGAGUUAGUAUGAAAAAAUGGAAUCAUGUUGCAUACCCUAAAUACCUAGAUGGGUUAAAUAUUAGGCAAUCUGCAAUCUUAAAUCAAGCUCUCUUAGCUAAAUUAGCUAGGAGGUUGAUAGAAAAUCCUGAUGCUCCUUGGGCUAUCCUCCUAAGACACAAAUACUUUAAUGGUUUUAAUCCUCUAAAUUGUCCUCUCUCUAGACAGGGAUCUUGGGUGUGCAAAGUAUUUGUGAUGGUUUAG